ACCACAUCUUUCAUGUUUUCGUUGUUGUAGACUGCAGAGAGGUUCAUCAAACAAAAGCUUUGAAUCAAGAACCUUUCUUGGUUUGAAUGCUAUCUUGACGGUACCACAACUUGAAGAUAAGGUCACAGAUCUUUGAGAAUUUUCAGCGCAUCAUGUCAAUGAACCGUGUUUUAUCGAUCCAGAGCCAUGUAGUUUCGGGCUAUGUGGGAAACAAAAGUGCAACUUUUCCUCUUCAGGUGCUUGGAUUUGAAGUUGAUGCAAUAAACUCGGUGCAAUUUUCGAAUCACACUGGUUACGGAUUUUGGAAAGGACAAGUUCUCAAUGAACAUGAGUUGGACGAGUUGGCUGAAGGCUUGGAUCGGAACGACCUCUUGAACUAUUCCCAUUUAUUGACCGGCUAUGUGGGCUCUCCGUCAUUUCUAACUCGAAUUGUGCAGCUCGUUCCUCGGAUCAGGAAGGUCAACCCCAACCUAAUCUUUGUUUGUGACCCUGUGAUGGGUGACAAUGGCGAGAUGUACGUUCCCAAGGAGUUGCUUCCCAUCUACAGAGACCAAAUUUUGCCCCUUGCAGACAUAAUCACCCCAAAUCAGUUUGAGGCGGAGCUUUUAACCGGCACAAAAAUCAACAACGUGGAAGAUGCCUGGAACACCCUGGAUCUUCUCCAUGCAAAAGGUCCUCGCACGGUGAUCCUCUCGUCAACUGAACUGGGUUCCGACGACAACCUUCUUGCACUUGCUUCAUACAAAAACGGAGAGAAAUGCACCAGAAUUUCAGUCAACAUUCCAAAACUGCCAGCCAUUUUUACUGGGACCGGUGACCUCUUUGCCGCCCUCUUUUUGGCCUGGAUGACCAAGACAGGUGGAGACCUGAAAGGUGCCGUCGAGAAGACAAUUUCCACUUUGCAAGCGGUGCUGAAGAGGACUCUUGCUAACGCACAAGUGCUGUCUGGCGGGAAACCACCAAGCAAGGCGCAUUUGGAGUUGCAGCUGAUCCAGAGCAAGUCUGACAUCGAGCAGCCCAACGUAGUUGUUUCUGCAGUGGCAAAGUAGCGCGUAAGCAUGUCCAUAUAAUCGCUUCAACCGGAAACCACAAAAUUGUCUUCCAAUAUUAUUGAGUGUUAUCUGUGAUUUAUAUACAUGUCGUAAUUUUCAUGCAUUGUGAUUUUAUGGAACUAUUAGGCAUUUUUUCUGCUUAAAUAGCAAGCGCGAUAUUCAAAGAUUAGUCAUUUGUGUCAAACUGACAAUAAACACGGUUCGUUGUUGCAAAAUA